AUGCUCUUCCCCAUCCUCCUCCUCCUCGCCGGCGCCCUCGCGACCCCAACGCCCGUCGAGAAACGCGCAACCACCAUGUGCGGCGGCUGGGGCACCGUCCCUACCGCCGGCUUCACCGUCUACCACAACAACUGGGGCGCCGGGGCCGCGACGUCGGGCUCGCAAUGCACGACGUUCAACUCGGUCAGCGCCGCGAAAUCCUUCUCGUGGUCGACGUCGUGGAGUUGGGCGGGCGGAAACGUGAACGUGAAAUCAUACAGCAACGUCGCGCUGGAGAAUGUCAAUAAGAAAUUAUCGGCGAUUACGUCGAUCCCGUCGACGUGGACGUGGAGGUAUACGGGUACAUCGAUGGUCUCGGACGUGUCUUACGACCUCUGGCUCGCGCCCUCGGUCGGCGCGAACAAUAAAUACGAGAUCAUGAUCUGGGUUGGCUCCUACGGCGGCGCUGGACCCAUCUCGUCGACGGGCAGCACGCCGCUCGCGAGUCCGACUAUCGCGGGCACGAAAUGGAAGUUGUUCAAGGGGCCGAAUGGGGAUACGACUGUCUUCUCGUUCGUGGCGCCGGCCAAUAUCGGGAAUUUUGCGGGCGAUUUGAAUUUGUUUUUUAAGUAUUUGACCGCGAGUCAGGGGGUGAGUAGUGAUAUGGUGGUGACGAGUUUGCAGGCCGGGACGGAACCUUUUGUUGGUUCGAAUUGUGUGUUUACUACUUCGGCAUAUACUAUUAGUGUCAAAUAG